CAAAACAAAACAUUCGAGUUGGCAAUUUCCAGAGAACGUUUACAAUAUGAUGGAGUCUACUGCUAAUGGCGAUGAAAAUAUCGCUCCUGUUGAGGAUGAAAGCCCUUUUGGGGACGGAGAAAAGGUUUUGGAAGCUGUUGAUAUGCAAACGGAUGAAGAUGCGGCCGCUGAGGAAGCAAGGAAGGAAGAAAUCCGCAAGCAAAUGGCUAAGUUAGAAGAGGAGAUGACGAGUCUACGCAAUGCCCUGGAGAGAAAAGAAAAGCAGUAUGCUGAUUUAAAAAAAGAACUUGGUAUAACAAGAUGGAGUCAGCUACGUGAGGGAAUUGGGACGCAGAUCAACUACAUACAAAAUAGUGAAGUUAUGAAGAAAACAUCUGAGACGAUCAAAGGCUGGAACGAUAAAAUUGUUCAAUCCGGAGCGUACAACAAGACGUGUAAAACUCUUUCUGGAGCAAGCGAAGCGACGACCAACGCUUUAAAGAGUGCUGGUGCUGUGACGGCUAAAAAGAUUGGAGAAUUACGGGACUCAGACACCUUUAAGUCAAUUGAAAACAAAGUUUCGUCAGCAACGAGUUCGAUAAAGGGGAAAGUGGUCGGCCAGAAACCGUAUGAACCUGGGGAAGAAGGCAUCGAUGAAGUCGAUCCAAACAUGGAACACGAACCAGUGGCCAGCAGCUAAAAAAUUAACUGUGUUUUUUCAAAGAAUAUUUUAACGCAAAUAUCUUCGAGCCAGGAUUUGCUGCUUCGUAGGGGGAAGGUUAUCAUUAAGGACGGUAUAUCUUUGCAUUACGGUUGAACCGCGUUCAACAAAGCUAGUGUUUAUUCGGUAUUUGCAACCGAACCGUCUGAUAUAGGCAAAUUUAGCUUUAUUUUUCAUACGCAAUGUUUUAGAAUGUAUAGAUCGCAGUCGGAUUUGUUUUUGUAAGAGUGGUUUAAACUAUCAAAGCUGCUGUGAUCCCAUUGAUUUGGAGUUUUACAUGCAUAACUCCAAAGUUCUGAAGAAUUUGGAAGAUAUUUUAGUUUUAAAAACUCGGAUUAGCACUGUCCCUUCAUCAUUUGCGAGAUUUUCAAAUCUACUAAAAGGAAUAGAAAUGAACUUUGAUAGUUUAAGCCAGCUUUUAAGCUACACACAGCGGACUAGACAAGCAACUUUUCUCGACAACUUUAUUGUGGUUUUUCAAGAAAAGAUUGCUCGUAGUUGGUUUUGAAGAAAAGAUAGGUUUUUGUUACUGAAGCCAUGCUUACAAACGGGGUGCGUUUUAGUUGUAGCAAAAAUUAAGAAUGGUUGAAACACUUCUUGAUUUACAAACCGUGAAUACGGUGAAAAUCGAUUUGUCGUAACUCAGAUAAUCAAAAUUUGUGGCUAACAAUGACUAAAUAAUAACUCAAUAAUUAUCUGGUCUGGGGAGACUAUUUAUAUGAAUAAAUCAUAAACAUAUUCUCAAGCAUAUC